AUGUCUACUCGAAAGGUCCGUUUUUGCUGUAAACUGAUUUUCUUCUCUCUCUCAGGAUGCUCUCAGAAGAAUGACCAUCUAUGACGCACUGGUGAUGAUGAUAUGUCUACUGAUUUGCAAACAAUUAGAAGAGCAUCGACCUCAUGCCAGGCACACCAGUCAAUAAAUCGAUUUCUACGCAGAUGCACAAUCUGGGUCAUCGUGAAGCAGUAUCUUGAUCAGGAGGACACGCUUUUGCCUUUUUAGGAGACGCUUUUGUGACACUGUGGUGAAUGCGUUCACACACAGGAUGCAUUUUUUGGUGGAAGUUGAGGAAAAAUAGAAAUCUCUGAAAAUCAAGGGGACUGUGUCUCUUGGAUGGACUAU